AGCCACUUAGUUAUCUCGCUUAGCUUGAGGCGUUUUGUCUGGUGUUCGAAACAGUUGUCUUAAUUUUGUGCGAUAUUUCAGUUCAUAACUCACAUUUUCCGAAUAAGAUGUAGUGAAUUGACAAACUAAAACAAUGGUUGUAAGUCGCAGUGAUUCUAAAAGACGCAAAAAAGAAGAAGCAGAACCGUUGCAAGAGAGCCCUAAAAGGACCAAGGUACAUGCCCAGAGGAAGUUUGCGCAGGGUUCACAUUUGAACAGUCCUGUCCUCACUCCUGUGAAAGACAAGGAUAAGAACAAGUACAAUGGUGCAGCUCCUUCGGCCGAGCUGCUGCCGAUCAAACGGCCCAAAACUGAAUCAUUUGUCAACUUCCUGUGCUUCAGAGGUAGUGACAUGUUACCGAAGUCACUGGAGUUCUUCAACGAACCAUCAAUACCCGAGCCGUUGGGAGGGGAAGAUGACAAGCGAGAUGGGGCUUCGACAUCUGGACAUUCCCGGUCCGGUCACAGGUCCAGUGGCGACCAUCUUGGAAGUGUGGCUAAAGCAGAAGCAAAAAAUAGAAGCAAAUCUAAAUCAACUGCUGUUCAAGCCCUGAAGAAGAAGUACCAAGAGCAGAGGAUGAAUAAGGAGAAGAAGACUUUGACCAAACUGGCCUUGAAAGUUAAAGGAAAGAACAUGAUCCGGACGAGGUCUGCGGGGCCCCUGGAUGAGAAACCGUCUGCUCCUGCUCUGCAGAAAAAGCCUCUGCGGACGACGCAGCUGGUCAAAACCAAAUCUGCGGCAGCCUCUCGAUCUUCCUCCACUUCCGCCUCUCGCAAACCCGUGUUGAAGAAACAAGCUGUCAUCGUCAAGAGGACCGCCUCCAAGUCCGUCACUAGAGGAGGUCUCCGCAGUUCCGGUGGUCUGCCACCAGGCAGUGACAAGGGCCUCAAAACCGAGCGCAAACCGAGGAAAGUCAUCAAGAUGAAACCUACAACGGCUAAGAAAAAUGCAAAGAAACCUGCAAUAGCCAGUUCUUUGUCAGACUUUUCAUCGGACGACGAUCAACCUCUUGUGAAAAAACCGAGAGUAAUGUCAAAGGCUUCAAUCCUGGCUGGCCGAGUUACAACCCGGUCGAGGUUAAUGAGACCUUCAUCACAAGCUACAAGUUCCAGACUGCCUCGUAAGACAAAGGAAGCGGCUACUUUGUUCAUGGAAAUGUUGAAAAAAGAUCUUGGCAGCCCGGAUGAAGAUGAGGACAUUGCUGAUGCAAUGUCUGUGGACAGUUAUGAAGACAUUCCUAAACAAUCAGAACGCAGGGGAUCAAAAGACAGCACUGACACUACGAGGUCAGAGAAAAAAUCAACAACCAAGUCAGUUAAGAAAGAAACCAAACCAAAUGAGAAUAAACCACUUGUAAGGAAUAUCAGGAAGUUACCCGAAAAGCCUGCCGCAAGGCUAACCACCCUCAAGACAAGAACCCUUAGAAGGAACUCAUAUAGAUUAGUUUCAAAAGAACUUGAACUAAAAAGAUUAAAGACUACCAGGGCCACGCUGAUAACGAGAAUGUCUUCAAGAUCAUCUUCUAAAGAAAUUUCUCAAGAUAGCAGCACCGAAGUUGAAAAAUCAAGUCCUAAAACACCUACUUCUGAUAGGGAGAGCCGAAGAGAAAGGAGAUCUCAUCCCAGCAGAGUCAGUGACAGUAAAAAUAAGCAACAUAAAGCAGUUACCAAAGAAAGAGAUUCUUCAUCUUCCAAAAAGAAGGACGCACCAGAGACUAUAUUUGAUGAUUCUGACGAAGAACCUCUUGGCAAAAAAGUUAACCAAACCAAAUCACCAGGCACAUUAAAAAGUCCCAAGAAAACUAGACAGUCAAUUGAAAAAGAAGGGAAUUCAAAUGACAUUACUGUGGAUGUGGACCAGAAAUUAACUAGAAGAAGAUCAUUGAAUACAUCUAAAGAUAUAUCAAAAGAAGAUAAACAAUCAGCCCAAACUAGUGCCAAAGCACAGCAAGCAGUGAAGAAAAAAGAAAAUGAAGUUAAGGGAAAAGGAAAGACAGAGUCAACGUCUAAGACCAAAUCUGCGACUUCAAUCCCAAAACCAAAACAAGUAAUAGAAGGGACCAAUGAAACUAGUGAAAAUGAGUCUCAGAACACAAAAGAAACAGAAAAGACCAGUGCUGAAAACAAAUCACAAUCCGAAAGGAAUCAUAAAAAAUCCACGGCAAAAGAAAGUGAAUCAGAAACUGGUGUUAAAUCUUCAGAAAAUAGUAAAAAUAUGCCUUCACAGAUUGAUAAAACGACUAAAAAGAGUGCAAAUGUCCAGGAAAGUGAAAUUGGGUCUAUGGAAACAUGUAGUAAGGAUGUAACAAAGGUUUUAACACCUGCCAACAAGUCAAGUAGCCUACCACAGAAUGCCCCUAAAGAGGAAGAUGCUCUUCCGUUGAAAACUGGUAAAAUUAAUCCUGAUAAAUGCAACAAUUCAAAUACAAAUGCAACCAAGAAAAAGGUUUCAACCAAAAGAGGAGCUGAGAGUGGAAUUAAAAACGAUCUUUCAUCUGUAAGUGAUAGUGCAGAAGAAGUUAUUGACUGUGAUACCAAAAGUUCUGAAUGUCUAUCAUCCCCUGAACCAAAUAAAGAAAAAGUACACAGUGAUAAGACCACCAGAACUUGUAGUCCCCUUGACACCAAGGAAAGUAAAAUUCAAACAGAGUUAGCUGUUGUAUUCAAAACUCUGCAAGCCGAGUCUGAGAAAAAGGUAGUAGAAAAAGUUACGCCAAAUCAGUCAAUUAAUAUUGGAGAUGCGAAGAAAAAGCAAUCUAGCUCCAAAAAGAUUUAUCUAAACGAGUCGAUUUUAUCAGACAAUACCCAAAAAACCAAAGUGGAAGCUAGUAAAAAAGAUGAUGUGAAAAUGGAAUUAAAUGAAAGCAAAAAUACUUUAACAAGUAGUUUGAAUGAUAUGAGCAUGGGUAUUCUAUGUCCCUCAGAUACUUCGAAAGAUGGGAGUAUCUCACAAGAAAUAAAACCAAGCAAUGUAUUAAAUGAUACCAAAGAAACUAUUGCAAAUGCCAGUUUAAAUACUGCGGCUUCUCAAAAUCUUGUGUGGACCAAAAACGUUCUACAAAAUCAAGUAUUGUCAUCACCUAUAAAGGGGGAAAACAAUGAAGUACUAAAAGAAGAAAACAUUAAGAUGCCUCAAGUCACAGAAGAAAAGUAUUUUGCAAAAAUUGCAAAUAAAUCUCAUAAGUUAAAUUUACAUACCAAAGCAAAUGAAGAGGAUUGUAAGCAGUCAGUUAAGUCAGAAAAAAUUCAAAACAAAACAGUUAGAGAAGUCACGCUAGCAAAAAAUGUUCAGUUACUUGAUGGAGGAAAGAUUGAUCAGAAAAAUCCACAAAUAACUGUUGAUAUGAAACUAAAUGAAAAAGCUAGCUGCUCAAAGAGCUCAAGUCAAAAUGAACACGAUGGGAAGCCUGACCUCAAAAUGGCUUAUCCUCGAGGUUCUACUUUAGUUACAAACCGUACAAAAUGUGUUUUGGAAAAUAAAGAGUCUAGGAUUGUAGAUGUUGUAGUGUCAAAAGGGGCUGAUACCCAACAAACAUCACAAUUAACCAAGCAGAAGGAAACUGUCCAACCAACUCCCCUGAAUACAACUGCUUGUUCUGGUGAUGGUCUGAAAAUCAGAAAUGUUGUUUUGGAACCUUUGUUGAGUAGAAAUCUUUUACCAGAGGUAAAAUGCCUCCCAGCAAGUCCUACCUUGGUUCCAAGUGAUUUCAACGAAAAAUCGAUUGAACAAUCUGGAAUCAAAGGAAUAAUGGCAAAUACCAAAAUGUUAAAACCUGAUGCAAAUAAAUCAACAAUAAAGCAAGAAAUGCUUCCUGAAAAUAGCUCUAAACUGGGGACUUUGGACAUGGCAGAUAAAAUAAGUUCUGCUGUGGAGACCCUAAUGAGUUUGAAGAAUGUGCAUAAAAUUGAUGAUAAAAGUUUUACCAUUCAGACAGGCGCAUGGAAUAAAAGCGGACAGGCAUUUGAUGUAGAACAUAAAAGGUCACUUGAUUUAGAUACCAAGCGUUCAUGUGAAGGCGAUCAAAAACCUUCUGAUUGCUCUGACGUCAAGAAGAUAAAAACCAAAGACAGUGAAGUUAAACGUGUUACCAUUCAGGAACCUGAAUUUAAACGUGUUACCAUUCAGGAACCUGAGUUUAAACGUGUAACCAUUCAGGAACCUGAAUUUAAACGUGUAACCAUUCAGGAACCUGAAUUUAAACGCUUCAAUGUACUAGAAUCAGAUAACAAACGCCCUAAUACUCAUGAGAGUGAUUUCAGAAGAUAUCAGGCACAAGUACAGGAGCAUAAACCUAAACCAGAACAUCCUCAAGUACUGAAAGGGUGUUCCAACCCAAAAUCUAUGUUGAAACCUGGGACCCUGAUUGACAUAGCUGGAAUCAGCCACAGCCCAGAAAUAAUGACACCUUUGAGGCCUGGAGUUGAUGGGGAGAUAAUACCUAUGCACAAACCAGUCAGACCGUAUGGACAAGAAGGCGUUGAUCCAUUCAAGGGAGGUGCUCAAGGCUUCAAACCUUUUGGGCUUAGAUGGCAAGGCACAAGCCCUGAAAAGAACUCAAAAGAGCUACUAGUGGAAAAGGAAUCAGCUGAUUCUAAAUCUAAAACACCGGUUAAUGAAUCAGCAUGGAGGCUAGCCUUUAAGAAUGUUAAAGAUCCAAAAAGCAGUAAUAAUGUUCCUACUGAAAAACCUGUUGCAAAAAAACAGUUAUCAGUUACUGCAUUAGCCAAGAAACAUAAGUCUAAAACGGAGGUUGUAAGUGACAAAACCACCAUGGGUCAAACGUCUACAUCAAUUCCAUUUUUAAGGCAAAAUAAACCUUUUUUAGGCCCCAGUCCGACAAAAGCUAAAGAAGCAGGAUCUGUUUCAUUUGAUGUGAAGAAAAGUAGCAGCACUAAUGUCGAUCCCGCUAGUUUGAGAGAAAAGGAAGCUGAAGUGAAAGAGUUUUUAAGCCAAUGUGGUGAAUAUUCUAGAUCACUUGCUCCAGCAGCUAGUCAUGUAAACCCUUCAACAACUACUAAAGCAGUUGAAGAUUUUAAUAGAAGCAGCAGUAUUAAAUCACCAUACUUGCCUUCCUCAAAUACAGAGUUCACACAAUCUGAGCAAAUCACCGGAACCCAACAUCAGUUGAAGAUUAGCUCAGAUGCGAGACAAACAUCGCACAAAGAUCAACCAGAGCCUAGUUCGAUUUUCGGGAGUGAUAGUUUAAAGAGAGCUGGUUCUCCACGUAAAUUUGAAAAACAAAUCAAAACUGGAUUGAAUUCAGCUGAGCUGUCUCCAAUGAAUAAAACUAGUGCAGCAAGUACAAACUCUCAGCAGGAUCAAUUGUCAAAUAAGCAAACCUCUUCUCCUAGUUACAUGAAACCGGACCAAAACGUGAGCAUAUUUCAAAUUGAUCCUCUGAGAAGAUCUAGUUCACCAAAGUCAAUUUUGCAAAAGAGCACUAUUCCCGGAGAGCAGCCCCUGUCUAUUGUCGGUAGUCAGUAUAACAGUCCUGUACCAAGUUCUUCCAAACAACUGAUGCCUGACAAAGUCCGCCACUUUUCACCUAACCGCUCUGGCCAAAGUACGGUGCCUGACAAUUUUUUCAGCGACAGCAAUCUGAAUAAGCGGACUAAGUCUCCGACACUAAUGGAUUCUUUCUCCCAACAAAGUAAUUCACCUAAAGGUAAUUCCAUCAGCCGUAAUACAAAUUCACCUGUCUUUGGAAAAUGUUCCACUAAUAUAUUCAAAGAAAUUGUGCCUGCUAAAAGGAGUUAUUCUCCAACAUUUCUUUCAUCAUCUCAGAGUGAUGGUGAGUCUGUGCCUAAUGUGUUUUCACAAACACAAAAUUUCCGGAGGUCAGUCUCUCCUCUGAGUAAUAGAUCUGGGUUUUCAAAAUUAGUAACCACCAAUGAAGGCAGUACUGAAACAAAAAAAGUGAAGGUAGAUGACAAAAAAUUAGAAACCUCAGAAGAUGGCUUAACAAAUCGUAAUACACAAGCCAGUGUCAGCAGCAGCUUGAAAUUUCCAACAGAGCAGGAACCCAACAACUCAACUGUAAAUUUGAUGUCACAAAGCACUCAGCCUCUUCAAUUGACUAAACCUGUGGAUGGGGACAACGCGCUUGUUAAAGAAGAAGUUAAUGAAUCGGAGGAAGAAAAAAAUAGUAACAUAGUCACUUGUGAAGAUAGCAACUCUUUGAAAUUGGAUGUGAAACCAUUCAGCCCAAGUGUAAAUGAAAAACAGUUAGCCUCACCUCAAGAUAAUGAAGGUACAAAUACUCCUGCGAUGUCAGAGGCCAAGCAUCGUCUACCUCUGCCAGUGGAACAGACUUUGAAGAAGCUGGGCAACACAAGAUCUUCCCAGAACAAGAAAACCUCAUUACAAAAGGUAAAAAGUUCAGAAGAAAACGUAAAAGACACUCAAUCUCCUGGAAUAGUUUCAGUUCAGAAUGAGUACCCUGAAGAAAAUGUAAAAUGCACCCCAAAUGUGUUCACUCACAAACUGACAACUGGAAUAUAUUCACAUAAUCAAGAAGAAGAGUUGGAUUUAAUGCAAAAGAAAAAGGUAAAUAUGUCCGCUGAAGAAAUAAAAAGGUGGCUAAAUGACAGUUCAACUUCCGAAGUAGUCCACAGGGCAAAUUGCGGCAUUUUAGAAAACGAUACUUGCGAGUGUGAGUACCGGAGCACUUUAACUCCGAGUUUGCAACAUAUCGACUCUCCCAAAUUUGAAACUGAUGCUAAAAAUGAAGUUACUUCUCUAAGUAAACCUACACCGGGCUCAUAUGACGCCAUUGAUAAAACUAAGAAGGUUUUGAAUGCUGAAUUGAACGUAACGAAUGCUAAUGUUAUGGAUCUAAGACCAUCUUAUGGUGUUAAAGAAAAAGAUGAUAACACUGUGAAAGAUACUAAAAACGAUGUUCCAUAUACCUCAGAUCCUAGCUGUGUAACAAAACAAGAGCCACAAAAAACUGCUACUACGCCAAAGAAAAAUACCACUCCAAAUCAACUUAAAGGAGAAGGUUUGGUAUCCAUUAAAAACUUCUGUGUACCAGUGUCCGUCGGCAGUUCUGUCUCCACCAGCACCAAGCAACCUACGACUCCACCGGUCAAUAAGCUGAGAACAUUUAGAUUACCUAAUAAAAAUAAAGAUGCGGAAAAACCAUCCACGGAUACUCUGGACGUAUCACCACCUGUGAGAGACGACUGUUCAUCGUCCAAUGAAUUGUCCUCAUCAAAUGAAGAAACACCUGAGAAAUCUCAUGAACGGAAAUCCAUUUUCCACCAACGCAGGUCAGCUCUGAAAGUGAAAGAGAGGAGAGAACUCAUCGCUCCGAGUGUUAACGCUUUUUCACCAGAGAACGAAAGCAGUGUGUACGCCUUCGACCCUGAAUUACCUCCAACGAGCACGCCCUUUCGCAGAUCAAAAGGCAAGGACGGCAAGUCGACAACAACUACAGAUGAUGAAGACAUGACUCCUAGCAGCAACUCGAUCGCUGUUCAAGUCAAUUUUGAUAAUGAAGCCGUUCUUGAGUGCUCUACGCAGACUGAUGUGCAAGAAGGAGACGAUGACGACACUCACACAUUCUACAUUCCGUUGCAACAGAGUGCUGCUGAUACAAGUAAACCACCCUUGAUACAAGGGGUGGCAGUAAAGGUGGAUACUGAAGGGCCUGAUCAGAAGGUCAUCAUGAGGGCCAAGCUGGUGACCAAACCUUUGUCUACGUUCAACCAGUCGUCUCCCUCUCCAAGGGGGCUGAUAGGUACAAGAUCAGGCAAACCGGAGCAGAAAGUUAGACCGUUGUCUGUAAAACCUCCUGUGGGCACAGUGCAGCCAACUGCGAGACCCAAGCCGAAGCCUGUCCAGACUCAGGAGGAACAACCAGGACCCAGCAAAGCUGCAACAACCUGCUCUCCUCAGGCUGCUAGACUAGCCAAAAGGAUAAAGAGCAAAGCUGCAGUGCCGUCGACCAGCGCAGAGAAUCAUCCUCCGAAAGUUGCUCCGGCAAAGCUCGUUGAGGCUCCAACAUUCUACCCGACUGAGAAGGAGUUUGAAGAUCCCCUGGAGUAUAUCAGCAGCAUUACGCCAAAAGCUGAGAAGUACGGACUGUGUCGAGUGGUGCCUCCGUCUAACUUUAAGCCUGAGUGCAAAGUGAGUGACGACAUGAGGUUUACGGCCUACAACCAGUAUAUUCACAAGAUGCUGCAUCGCUGGGGCCCCAACGUCAAGGAGAUGUUGGCCAUUAAAAAAUACCUUGCAACUCAGAGCAUUGCCCUUACCCAUCCACCUUGGAUCGGAGGUAUGGAGGUGGACCUGCCGAGACUGUACCAGACUGUACAGCAGUGUGGAGGUCUCAAGGAGGUGAUAGAGAAGAAGAGAUGGCACAGAGUGGCCGACCUGAUGAAGAUACCCAAGUCUGCUCAGGACAGAGUCACCAAGCUGGACGACAUCUACUGCAAGUUCCUGCUGCCCUACGACACCCUGUCUCAUGUUGAGAGAACUCAGUUGUUCGAGGGAGUGGAGAGGGACUGGGCAGAGCGAGAGAAACGAGUGGCCAAUCAGCAAGAGUCUGAAAAUGACGAAGAUGAAGAUAGCGACAGCGACUCUGACUCUGACAUUGACGAAUGUAUUGUCAAGGGUCGCAGCAUGGCACUCAACGGGUUUUACCGAAUCGCUCGCAACACCAUGUCAAUGUGGUUUCCCAAAACUGACACCCCUUCUGCCGCUGAUGUGGAACUUGAAUUCUGGAAACAUGUCGCAUCACGACAGCACCACGUAUGUGUUCACUCUGGUUCCAUAGACUCGGGUGCGAUGGGUUACGGGUUCCCUACGGGCAAGAACAGUUCCACUUCCCGUCACCCGUGGAACCUGAAGAUGCUGACCAACAACCCCGGGUCCAUACUGAGGUUUCUUGGACCCAUUAUGGGAGUCACAGUGCCGACCCUACAUGUAGGAAUGUUGUUCUCCGCUUGUUGUUGGUACCGUGACCCUCACGGCCUGCCGUGGAUAGAGUACCUGCACACUGGCGCCAGCAAGAUAUGGUACGGCAUUCCAGACUCGUCGUCUAGCCAGUUCCGAGAUGCAGUGAUGGACAUUGUACCUCGGCUGUGUCGGGACAAAUCUCUCUGGCUGGCCUCUGACACUGCCAUGGUUCCGCCACCGCUGUUGGUAGAGAAGGGCGUAUCUCUGAGUCGCAUUGUACAAGACCCUGGACAGUUCAUUGUUGUGUUCCCCAAGGCCUUCACAUCCAGUAUAUGCACUGGCUACCUCGUCUCUGAGAGUGUCUACUACGCACAACCUUCGUGGCUUUCCACCGCUCAGACGCUGUUUAAUGACCUGAGAGAGAGCAGUGAGCCGACGGUGUUCUCUCUGGAGAAACUUCUGUUCACCAUUGUUAAUGACUCUCGCGCCAGUAUGGAGGUUCUUCACCAGAUCCUGAACAUCGUGGUGUCGCUGCGGGACGGUGAGAUUGCAGGUAGGAGACAGCUGGAGGAGUGUGGACUCAACAGUAGUGAGCGACUCAACAGCAAACGCAAGGGCAAGGCUCGGCCUGCCGGAGACGGAGAGGAGGAUCUUGAGUGUGAGGAGUGCCGCAUGACUCUCUACAUAUCAUGGAUGACCAACUCACAAGAUGGCGCAGUAUACUGUCUGCCUCACGCUGUAGAGUUGCUUUCAAACAAACGCAGUCUGGUGAAGCACUGUACACUUGUCUACGCCUUCUCCGAGGAGGAACUGGAGGAGUUGGUAGAAAAGUUGAAAUCAAGAGUCGAAAACAAAAACCAGAAAAAAUCUGUAGCUAAGGGUAGUAAGAGUUAAACUAGUCACGUUAGAGUAUUUGUAUUUAUUGUAGCUAUUUUUGUUGUAUAGAUGGUAAUUGGCAAAGUACGCUUAGCUUUUUAUAGAGAUUUACCGACGCUUCUUUGUAUCACAUAUACAUAAGUGUGUAUAUAUCAUGAGUAAGUAUGUGACAAAAUUGAAUCAUUAACAAUGGCGGGUAGUUAUUUUCAGCUUCCAUGUUGCGAGAUUGUGAAUGAGUAUAUAUCACCAGUUUUUAAGAACGAAUGUUGAAAUCCUCUAUUGAAAUUUUAUUUUAUUGUUGACAUAUGCAUUUAUGUAACUAGUCCUCCUUGCUCGGACGGGUCAGUGUUUUGAAUUUAUUUUCAAUUUACGUACAACUGUUGAUGUUUUUGACCUGAAAAGAUUAAAGAGUUUAUGAAGUUUUAUAGACGUUAUCACAAGCAGUAUUGCGAGGAUAUUAUUUUAAUAACGUAUAUUUGAAAUGUCAACAUGGCUGCUCGGCAGUUUUGAUAUCAGUAAUGUAUUAGUCUGACGUUUUUGCACAUUGUAUGUAAUUUUAUAAAGUGAUUCAAAAUGCAUAUAAUUUGUGAUUCAGGCUUUUAACUAGGUAGGUUUUCAUGAAAUGUUUGACAAAAUAGUGUUUAUAUCAUGAUCAUUAGAAGUUUAAUUUUUUGUAGAGUUCCUUUACAAAAUAUAUAAAACAGGUUUAUAGUAUUUUAAAAUCAUUUUAAAUUAAUUAAAUCAUCCAAUUUUCAUCAACUGUAGUUUUAUACUUAAAGAAAAAACUACCUUUCUUUCAGUAGUAUUCUGAAUUCUAUUGUAGAAUAUCUUUUAUAUCAUUACUUCCAAAAGAUAACGUUACAUUGAGAUAUGAUUUGAAUUUGUAUUUUUAAUUAUUAUCUAUUAUCUUAGUAGUUUCACACGAAUCUCUUAUGUUUUAUUUACACAAAUGUUUAAUAUUGUUGGAUAUGUAUAUUUCAUAUAAAUUGUAAAUUAUGCUUUGUAUGUUACUAUAUUUUAUUUAUUUUAACAGAUAUUUUAUCGUUUUAUGGGGUUUUAUUUCACUUCUGUAUUGCUGUUCGCACUCUAUGUAAUUUAAAUAUCUUAUUGUAUUUCAUGUGUAUAAUUUUUGUAGGAUUGUGAAACGGAAAAAAAUAUUCUGUAGUCUAAUAAAAAGUUGUUAAUCAAGUAGGUAUCACCCAUUCUAAAAAGAAACCAACAGUCAAACAUAUUAUUUUAAAAUGUACUUGAAUUCUUAUGGUUUUGCUUUGGUAAACUUUGGAAUAGUUAGUUGUGUAGUAUUGAUUUAAAACUUGAAAAUUACAACAGCAAAAAUCAAUUCGAUAUGCCUGUACUUAACAUUCCCUACCAGCUGUUUUUGGCUGGGUCUACUCUGUACAUUAUUCUUCAAUCCGUUUCAACGUAAAUGGGUUUUUUUUGUAUUCUGCUCCAGUCAACAAUACUUUGUCCCCAGAAUACAUAGUUGACAUAUUGCCAAAUGUAUAGUGUAGACCUAACCUUAAAAGUCUUGAGUAGUACGUUGUUAGACUAAGCUUAAAUUGUAUCAUUAAGUAUACUUAAAUUAUUAAGUUCAUUAAAUUAUUAAAUGAUUAUCAGUAGUUUAAGUUUUUUGAAACUUUUAUUGAUCAUAUUAAUCAAUAAUAAUUUUACAUUUUAAAACUCUAUUGAUAAAAUAAAUUUGAUAAGUUUUGAGUUUAUAGAGUAUUUAACUUUACGUGUAUACUGUUCAGUACACCAUUGGUUUUAGUUCAGAUUUUUUCACACCGUAUUUGGUUAGCCAUCCCAUACUUUUAAGUACCUGUAAAAAAAGGAUACCCUAAAGUUUUCACAUUGUGUAAAUUAUUGUAUAUUUAUUGGACAUACCUUAUUUUUAGUGAACUCCACGUCUUUCUUCCAGUGUUAGUGUUAUUCCAACAACGGUUGCCACAUUUUGUCCAGUAGUUCAAAAACGAACAGUAAGCAAGUUGCAGAUGUUAUGUAAUUAUCACUGAUGAAAUUAUCUAUGUAAACCCUUUGUCUAUUCAACUUGAAUAUUAUGCAUCUAAAAUGCAGCAGUUUUGACAGUGAAACUAAUCACAUCUUGUUGUUCCAAAUCAACUUGUAGAAUUAGAUAGUUUAAUUUAAAAAAAAUUAUAUAAUUCAACUGAGUUAGGAUAAUCCUUGCCUCUUCUUUACUUCUACUACUACUGAAAAUUUAUUUUCCUGCCACUACAUGGAAAUUAUCUCAUUGCCAUACCUGUAAACAGUACGCAAAAUAGGUAAACAGUAUGCAAAAUAGCUCAUUCCCGCUCUACAGCAGCAAUGAGCUAUUUUCCGUACUGUUUACAAAAGAAACAACCUAAAUUACAUUUUAUUUGCAUUAAAAAAGUUAAUCCGUAUGUUAUUAUUAACUAAUUAUAGUGGUAGAAAAAAUGUUGUGUGUAUUGUGAGCACAGGCAUUGCCACUCUUGAAAUGUAUGGCCACUGGCCACACUCAACUAAAGCUUUGUGCGACCAUUUUCAGUUCUCUAGAAGCAAUGACGUACUUUGCGCUCUUAAUACAGAAAAAUAAUCCAUUUCCUUAAAAAUAUUUUAGUAUAUUCUACAAACUUGCACAUCAGGUUGUGUUUUUAAUAAACUUUGGUUUGGUAAAACCAUUGACUAUAUAUACCUACUGUAGGUAUAUAUAGUCAAUGGUAAAACCCAGUUUUGGAACCUAAAAAAUUGUCAUAUCUUCAAAGCUGUAUUAAAUAAAGGAAUCACAAAAUACUCUUUUAUCUGGACAACAUUCAAUGUAAAUCCAGUAGAACUUUUAACUAAAAAAACUUUUUCCUAUUACCAACACAUCUUAUGGCCGAUUUUAAUGACCAAUAUAAAAUGUUCUAGAUUAAUUUAUUGGAAAGUAACAAUCUUAUAUUUUAAAAAAUAUUGAAAAUUAAAAAAAAAACUGGAAUUAAUGUGGCAACCCUGAUAUCUCUAGUAAGACUUGCGUAAGUUUCAUUAGUGAAGUGUUAGAUUUAGACUUCUGCCUCGCUUACCUAUCGCUUCAUCUCUUCGUUUGAGUCCUGAAUAUAUCGUGUUUUCUAAACGUAAUUUUCAUUUUUGGAAAAAGAAAACAAUUGAGUGGCAAUUAUCUGUUGAAAAAAUAGAUGUUCUUUAUUUAUGUUUUUUUUCAUUAGAUGUAUUGCGUUUUAUUAGCAAUAUUAGUGAUUUUAAUACAUUUUAAGAGUUUUAAGUUAUCCAAAUAUAUUAUAUUGCUAUGAGAAAAGUAGUUGUCAAAGAAAAUGUAAUGUGCAGUUUUAAUACAAAUAUGUCUUGUCUAUUUUGGUUAUUACUGAAAAUGUAACUUUAAUAGAUGAAUUUAAGAGAAUAAAC